CUGUCACAUCUUGAGUGCUCUGUUUGUCAGCCAAAACCUGGUUUUGGGUUUUUUAUAUUUUGGCUCUCUGUUGUUCAGAUACAUUUAAAAUAAAAGAGGAAUAUACGUCUGACAACUGAAAACUUCCAACUCCAACAUCUUAAAGAUGUUUCCUUGGUCUGUUGUUUUCUCCCUGGAGCCGAAGGUUCCAGGCCAACGCACUCCAGAGGAGCUGGUGACCAACACUUUGAUGUUGGAGCUUGGAGCUAUAGUGAAACGAACCGAACGGAUCAGGCUGGAGAAGGAAGCAGGUUACCGUAAACGUCGCAACUCUUCCUCUGCAGACUACAGCUGGCUGGCCGGCUCUCAGCCUCAUGUACCCUACGAGCUCACUCCAGGAGAUGUUCUCGACCUGCAAAACCUGUGUGCCCAAAUCCCACCUCAACAGUGUGGUCCGGCUAUUGUUAGGUUCCGGAAACUAGUGUCAGAGAUUGAGCCAGAUGUGCAUGAUGUUCCGAAACUGUUCCGGAGCGUCUUGCGAAACUGUCUGGAUGAGGUUCAGGAAGAUGCAGAUCUCCAGGAUCGGGUAAACCUUUGGGAGAAACAGCGCAGCAAGAGCCUUUCCUUCGUCACAUUCCGUUCCAAGUUUCGCACCCUGAACCGAGGGAAGGGAACCUUUGGUGGUUCCCGCAACAACCUGCAAGAGGAGAACACGUGGUCUGACGAAGACGAGGAGGCAGCAGAGCAGGAGGCGACCACCAUGCGCGCCAGGAAAGGGCGGAGUCACAGCAUGCCAGAGAUCACCCCACUGGAACAGGCUGCCCAAAGCUGAACACGAGGAAGAUGGACUAAGGCAUGAAGGCAAAUGGAAGGCAUGAAAGAAAGAAAUUUGAGAAGAGCUGUGGCCUGCAAGACUGAGACUAAAGUGAUUAAGAUGAAGAGAGGCGAAGAGAGGGCAAAUCUGACUGGAAAACCUUUUUUCUGAUUGUUAAAUACCAAAGAACACAGGCAUAUGUCAGAAGCCUACAGCCAGGCCUUUUUAACUUUCAAAAUGUUUUUAUUUUUUAUUAUUAUGGAGAUGUAUUUGAGUGUUUAAGAGAGUUUAAUUUUCUCUGUAAAGUUACACGAGACUACUACAGGGAUGAUCGACCGAUGUGGGUUUUUUAAUGGCCAAUACAGGUUGUAUAAUAUAAUAACAAUAUUUACUGUAUAAUACAAGUUAGUGAUGGCAAAUGAGACAUCAUCAAAUUUGAGGGAAUUACAUGAACACUUAAUUUACUAAAUGUUUUCUUUAUUUUGAAAUGCCCUCAAGCCUUUGAAAAGCACAAUUAAGCAUUAUUGAUUGUUUGACAAUUCUGCUGGAUUUCGAAACUACUAGCGGUAACUACAACAGCUUUGCGAGCCCUUUCAACAUUUAAUCAUGUACAGGAUAUGACUUAUAGAUAUCUGUAUUUACAUUUUCACUAGUUCAAAUUACAAUUCUUGUAAAUGUCAGAAAAUAUGUUUGCACUAAUAAAAAAUGUAAUUCUUGAUUUGUAAAAUGACACAAUUACUUACCAAAAUGACUUAAUAUGAAAAACGGAAUUUUGUAAAAACAUAAUGUUUGAUAUCUGUAACCACAUUUUUACUAGAUCGGUCAUUCACCUUGUUAAUAACUUUUCUAGUUAAGGUUCUAAAUACACAUACAGUAUCAGCUAUGUACUUUUCAAUAGUAAAAAUUAUAUUUUUGAUCAAUGAUUACACUGUUAGCCAACAAUUUCAGAUGUCCAUUCCUUAUAUCAACAAUUUAAUUACAACAAAAAAUGCACAUUUUAAAAUAACUAAUGAAAACCAAGUUCUAAAUAUAAAGUUUUUUGAAUUUUUAAUAGUAAGAACUACAUAACUGAUACUGUGUGUAUUUGGAAUUUCCACUAGUAAGAAAUUAUAGAUAUCUGUAAUUGUUUUUUUUUAAACAGGAAUGUAUAACAUACUGUAGAUAAUGUCAUUUUGAUAUCAAGAAUAAAAAAUGUUUACUUGUGCAAACAUCUCAUAUAAAAAAAUUGCAUUUUUGCUGCAGUAUUUAUCAAGAAUGAUCAUUUUAACUUGUGAACAUUUAGCAUUUCUAUCCUUCACAUGAUUAAAAGUCAAUUCAGCUUGAUAUACCACCUCAGUAAAUCGGCAAAUGCCUGACCAAUGUAUCGGUCUAUCACUAUUCUCCUGCAAGAAAAAGCAUCAUCAGCCAGUUUCUCAGAUGUGCUUUAAUAUGUAACAUUCGUCCUUGACAUCAAACCAGUGUUCAGUUUAUAUAAGAGAUGCGGAUCAUUCAGCUAAAAAAAGCCUGAAAAGUCUUCAUAAAAAGUGCUAAUGAAUGAAAACACUGUACAUCGUUCAUGAGUUUGAGUUGAGAGCAUGUGGUGUGUGUGAGAGUGGAAGAGUCUGUGAUUUACCAAAUUAAAGAGUUUGGCCUUGAAAAGCAUCUUUCUGCUCUUGUUUUAUUAAUCACAGCAUCACAGUAUGUGGGAGCUGAUCUUAAGUUCAUAUAGACCGGAUGUCUGUGCAGGCAGCCGAAAUGUUCAUCAGGCCAAAGUUGCUCCUCUCAAAAGACGCAAUUGCGUCCACACAGUACUGAUGCGUUUUUGUCAGCAGAUCUUCAGUUCCAGUUUCACUCACAACAACCAACGCAUGCAACUUCAUAGCAGUGAUCUGGAAUAUAACCGGUCCUGAUGUGAAGAAUGAGCGGUUCAUAGAUUUAAAACCAUUUGGAGUCUCUUUUGGCCUUUUAAACUGCAGUGUCAUCUCUUAAAGUCUCUAGUAGACCGUCAUAUCCUGUAAAAAAACACUGGUCUUCAUUUACACCUCAAUUAUUCCUGCAUGGAGUGGAGCAAAAUCAUAAGACCAGGUGACUUCCUCGUCCUUAUGUAUUUGGCAAAAUCAAACAAAAAAUUGUAUACAAAUAUUAAAGUUUCUAACAGCACGUAAUAUUACAGACCCCAUAUUUACAGGGCCAGCAACAAGAAGGCUUUAAAAAUGAACUCUGUAGGGUGAAUCGAUCCAAGAAACGUCCAAUUUACAUUUCACACCAAAAUCAAAAGGAAAAAAGAAGCCAAUUUUUAUGACCAUAAAGAUUGUUUGCAUUGUGACAAUUUUAUUAAGCAUAUUUCUCCUUUCAAAUGCUAAUUAAUGUUAAUUUAUUUAUAUAAAUAUAUACACCGAUCAGCCACAACAUUAAAACCACUUGCCUAAUAUUUUGUAGGUCCCCCUCGUGCUGCCAAAACAGCACCAACCCACAUCUUAUAAUAGCAUUCU